CAAAAACCACACCUCAUCAACCCUAUCCAAUCAAAACCCUCCACGUCACCCACUACAAUCUCCACCCCAUCGUUUCCCCAACAACCGUUUCUCCGAUUCCCCGUUUCCCCACUCAUAUAUCAUCACCUUCGCUUCUCCUUCUUCUCUCUCGUUCUCCUCUUCGCCGGCCGGCGGCGAUUAGUCCCACAUCGACGUCGGAGAAACCUCGCCGUUCCAUGAAUUCUUCAAAGCUCCUCCCUCUCCUCCUCCUCCUCUUCCUCCUCCCAUCCCACUCCCUCGCGGCCUCGAUUUCAGCAACGCCCUUGACCUUGACCAAAUCCGGCCGCACGAUCACCAUCCGGUGGUCGGGAAUCGAUUCCCCUUCUGAGCUCGAUUGGCUUGGAAUCUACUCGCCUUCCAACUCUCCCGACGAUCACUUCAUUGGGUAUCGCUUCCUCAACGGAUCCGAGACCUGGCGGAGCGGAUCGGGAUCCAUCUCCAUCCCCCUCGUCAACACUCGAUCCGAUUACGAGUUUCGGAUCUUCCGAUGGACCCGCGACGAGGUCAACUACCGCCACCACGACCACGAUCACAACCCCCUCCCCGGCAUCCGCCACCGCCUUGCCAGCUCCGCCGUCGUCCGAUUCGAGAACGCCUCUGCGCCGGAUCAGGUGCAUUUGGCGUUGACGGAUCGGGUUGGUGAGAUGCGGGUUUUGUUUGUUACUGGGAAGGGAUUGGAAGCGGUUGUGGAGUACGGGUCGGAUUCGGGUCUGGCGGUGGGACGGCGGGUGGCGGCUACGGCGGUGACGAGGUAUGAGAGAUCGGAUAUGUGUGAUUCGCCGGCGAACUCGAGCCUUGGGUGGAGGGAUCCUGGGUUCAUUCAUGAUGGGCUUAUGGCUGGGUUGAAUCCAGGCAAGAGGUAUUAUUACAGGGUUGGCAGCGAUGUUAUUGGCUGGAGUGAUAUUUACAGUUUUGUAUCUCCGGACUCGAAUGAAACAAUUGCUUUUAUGUUUGGAGAUAUGGGAGCUUAUACUCCGUAUUCAACCUUCUAUCGCACGCAAGAUGAGAGCAAAGCAACUGUGAAGUGGAUCCUCCGUGACAUCGAAGCUCUUGGUGAUAAGCCAGCUCUAGUGUCUCACAUCGGUGAUAUCAGCUAUGCAAGAGGCUUUUCAUGGAUAUGGGAUGAAUUCUUCAACCAAAUAGAACCUAUAGCUUCCAGAGUCCCUUAUCAUGUCUGCAUUGGCAACCAUGAAUAUGAUUGGCCAUCACAACCUUGGAGACCAUAUUGGGCUUAUGGUGUCUAUGGAACAGAUGGUGGCGGAGAAUGUGGAGUCCCGUACAGCCUCAAAUUCCGAAUGCCAGGGAACUCUUCUUUUCCCACAGGAACACAAGCUCCAGACACUAAAAAUCUCUACUACUCCUUCGACGCAGGAGUUGUACAUUUUCUAUACAUAUCGACAGAGACGAAUUUCCUUAAAGGCAGUGACCAAUAUAACUUCAUCAAAGCUGACUUAGAGGGUGUUGACAGAGAGAAGACACCCUUCAUUGUCGUCCAGGGCCAUCGUCCAAUGUACACAACAAGCAAUGAAAUAAGGGAUGCUCCAAUGAGGGAGAGAUUGCUAGAGAGCUUGGAACCACUUCUGGUGGAUAACAAUGUUACUCUUGCACUAUGGGGUCAUGUGCACAGGUAUGAGAGGUUCUGCCCCUUGAAAAACUACACCUGUGUCGAUUACUCUUCAAAUUCUACAGCCUGGGGAGCUCCAGUCCAUGUAGUGAUUGGAAUGGCAGGACAAGAUUGGCAGCCAAUCUGGGAGCCAAGGCCGGAUCAUCCAGAUGUCCCUAUUUUCCCUCAACCCGAACGAUCAAUGUACCGUGGUGGUGAAUUCGGGUAUACAAGGCUUGUUGCCACAAGGGAGAAGUUAACACUCACAUAUAUCGGUAACCAUGACGGAGAAAUGCAUGAUAUGGUGGAAAUACCUUCAGGCAUUGUGGUUGCCAAAGAUGAAGGCAAUGUUCAAGUGAAAGUUGGCGAUGUUGCUGUUCCUGUUGAAUCUUCACAUUCAUUGUACUUAAAAGCAGGAGGCAUUUUGAUACUUGGUUUGUUCAUUGGCUUUGCUCUUGGAUUUGCUACUCGAUGUAGAAGGGAUGCUGUUCCAGUGACUAGAAAUACUUGGACUCCUGUGAAGAAUGAGGAAAUAUAAGCAAAUACAUAAUGUAAAUGAAAUAGUGACAGAACUAUUUGUUGGUAUAGGAUCAAUUCUUAUCUGUGGAUUUAUGGAAUCAUUUCUGCAUUUUAGCAGAUGUCUUGUGUGUAUUACAGCAGAAAUAACAAUUAGAUAUUUUGGGAGAAGUGUUUGUAGCUGCACUCUCAAUGAGCUUGAUGUAUAUUUUGAGACCAUUAAGUAAAUAAUUAAUGAAGUGGCCUGUGUCA